AUGGGUUCGGAAAUAUAUAGGACACGCUCCGAGUCCAUCCGUUGGUGGGCAUCCAUAGGACAACGACAGAUUACAGAACGAGUGGGUAUCAACCCUUAUUCAGCAACGUGUGUUCUCCUGAACUUCAAUUUUCAAACCAUCAAACGCUGGGUGAAUUACAGUGACGAAGUUUUAAUGGAAGAUGUAGGACGAUUGACGUCACUAUUUACUUGGGUCGAUUUUGGGGCGGUCUAUGAUGAUUUGAAACAAACUCUGUUGUCAAGACUUCCAGAUUGUGGACCUGAUCAUUACUUUAAAGAAGAUGUUGUGAAAAUUAUAAUUAGCAAUGGACACGACGUCCUAGCUUGCGCGGAUGAGAAAAUAAUGGUAGAUAUUUGUAUGACGAAGUUUGUUACACACUCUGUGGAUGAAACUUCGUUGGGCUUAAACGAUGGUCCGAACAUGACACCUGCGAGCAUGGAAGCGAUCCUGUCUCUGCCGGAGGAGGAGGUUGAUUACAAGGACAAUAGCAACAAGGUUGAGAGUUGUAUGGUAUGCUUGGAAGAGAUAGAGAAGGGGUUGGUAGUCUCGACCCUUCCAUGUUCUCAUAUUUUUCACAGCUUUUGCAUAUCAGAGUGGUUAAAGAGAAGUCACUAUUGUCCUCUUUGUCGCUUUGAGAUGCCUAUUGCAUAA